AUCAAAUUUAGGAUUAGUUGUGAAACUUUAGAGGGUGUGACCGCAAUCAGCCGUCUUUCUCACUCUCCCAGUCACUCACUGUCUCUCGCUCCCCUCUCCUUCCGGCACAAUAAAACGAAACCCCAGUCCAGCGCCGGCGCCGGCCGCCGGAGCUUCCUCCUUCUCGCUCUCGUUCCCUCUCUGCCUCUCCUUCCUGUCGCUCACGGCUCGCUCUGUCUCUCCUCUCUCUCUCGCACGCUACUACCACACCAGACCAGUCACCGGCGUAUCCCCCUCCCCCGACGGCAGCAAGCAAAGCAGAGAGUGAGAAUUUGAGAGGAAGGUUACCUAAAGCUUAAAGAUUCAUCCUUCAAUUUAAAUUGUCAGUUGAUUGCCUUUUAUCAUGGGCUAAGAAGUCUCUAUAAUGGAUUUACUAGUUUAUUCAUUUGAGGAACAAUGUGGAACUUCUGCUGCCGUCUGCACAACUUCAAGAUUUCUUGUUUUCCACGGAGUUCUUUGAAAGUUCUGCUUUAUCCGGCUGCAUGUGUUCAUAGUCAUGUGAAUUAUUCCUCUAAAUUCAUUCACUCUUUUCGUCAAUUCAAACAAAAUAGAUUCACUGGAAGAGACCAGCGAAGAAACACUAAGAAAAAUCUUAAACUGUUUCAGAAGGAAGAUGUAGACACAAAGACUUACAUGCGAGAUACUAUUGGAAAAAUUUAUAAUAUCUUGAAAUAUUCGACAUGGGACUCUGCUCGAGAUCAGCUUCAGGGCCUCCCUAUAAGAUGGGAUUCAUACACAGUUAAUCAAGUUUUGAAAAGCCAUCCUCCAAUGGAGAAAGCUUGGUUAUUUUUUAACUGGGCAGUUGAACUAAAAGGGUUCAAGCAUGAUCAGUUCACUUACACGACAAUGCUUGAUAUUUUUGGAGAAGCUGGGAGGAUUUCCUCUAUGAAAUAUGUUUUCAAGCAAAUGCAAGAGAGGGAAUUAAAUAUUGAUACUGUUACUUAUACUUCAUUAAUGCACUGGAUGUCCCAUUCUGGAGAUGUUGAUGGGGCAAUGAAAGUGUGGGAGGAGAUGAAAGCAAAUGGCUGCAGUCCGACUGUUGUUUCAUACACAGCCUAUAUGAAAAUUCUAUUCAAUGAUAAUAAAGUAAAGGAAGCCACUGAUGCUUACAAGGAAAUGCUUCAAUCAGGGCUUUCUCCUAAUCGCUAUACUUACACCGUUUUAAUGGAAUACCUUAUUGGCUCAGGUAAUUGCAAAGAAGCCCUUGAGAUUUUUAGUAAAAUGCAAGAAGCUGGGGAACAACCUGACAAAGCUGCAUGCAAUAUUCUGGUUGAGAAAUUAAGCAAAUCAGGGGAAACGUGGGUCAUGUCCCAAAUCCUCCAAUACAUGAAAGAAAAUCGUAUUGUUCUUCGUUAUCCUGUUUUCAGUGAAGCAUUACAAGCUUUAAAAGUUGCCGGCGAGAGUGACCUCCUACUUAGGCAAGUGAAUCCUCAUUGUUCCAUUGAACGAGUAAGUAAAGAUUUUGGUAGAACAAGAGCUGCUGAAAUCAAUUCUACGAUAGACGAGUGGCUCAUAUUUACUCUAUUGGAAAAGGAAAAUCUUAUUGCUGUUGAUAGCUUACUUGGUCAAAUUGAUGAUAAAAGCACACAAUUGGAUUCUGAAAUCAUCUCAACCAUCAUUGAGGUAAACUCCAGUCGUUGUAGGCCUAACGGCGCUUUGUUGGCCUUUGAGUACAGUGUUAAAAGAGGUAUAAAUAUUACAAGAAACUCAUAUCUAGCUUUGAUAGGAGGUUUGAUAAGAUCAGAAAUGUCACCCAAGGUGGUAAAAGUUGUUCAGGAAAUGAUCAAAGCUGGAUAUUCUAUUGGAAUAUACCUUGCUUCGGUAAUUAUAUAUAAGCUUGGGAGUGGUGGUAAGCCCAAAUGUGCUGCUAAACUUUUUAGUUUAUUGCCCAUUGAUCACAAGUGCACUGCAACUUACACUGCUCUUAUAGGAGUCUAUUUCUCUGUUGGUAAUUUUGAUAAAGGACUUGAAGUUUAUAAAAGCAUGCAGAGAAAUGGGAUUAUUCCUUCUUUAGGAACAUACAAUGUAAUAUUAGCUGGUCUUUCAAGAAGUGAAAGUAGAGUUAGUGAACUUGAAUAUUUUAGAAAGGAAAAGAAGAGACUACAGCUUCAGGUCCAGUCUCAGGACACCAUUCCCAUUGAGAAAGGGAUUUGUGAUCUGAUAUUUCUUGGGGAUGCAGUCACUUGAUGUUGUAUGUCUUGACACUAUUCUUUUGUUCUUCAUAAAGUAAAUUAAAAAAAGAAAAAUUUUAAAUUUUCUUAAAC